AUGGCAGAAAACACAAGCCAGGAGGUACUUGCACCGGCACAGGAUGUACACCCUGUCCACAGUGUGACACAGGACCUGGCCUCCGUGUCAUUGGACAACAAAGAUACCACAGAGCCAAUAGCACACAAACUGCGCAUAUCUACACAGCGACUGUCGACCCUUUCGGAUCUGGGCGAGUCGCGCGACUCCCCCUCCAAGCCAUAUCCGGCCGAGCAGUCUCCUUAUUAUCGUCGGUCUCGGCCUGACCUCAGUGAGUCGUCACGACGGGGCUCUCGCAUCUCGCAAAGCAGCAGCGAUCCUCUCAAGCUGGAACUAGCGGCGCUGCAGUUCCAUUCGUCACUGGACUAUGCCAUUGUCCGGGACUUUGGCUACCCUCCCCAACACCCCCUCUUUUUCGGCGCCCGUCAAAGCAUGUCUGUGGUGUCCAGCUCUCUUGACGAGGACGACGAUCUGGCAUACCCACCAGGAAUCGGCGAGGGUCCACCUUACUACGAGGACUCAGACGUGGACGCAGAGCUGGACAGCGAGCUCAACGGCCGGGCAGUUGCGCUUUUCGAUUUCGAGCCGGAAAACGACAACGAAAUCGGCCUGUUCCAGGGCCAGAUUGUGUGGGUGCACUACCGGCACGGCCAGGGCUGGCUAGUGGCCAUGAACUUAGACACAGAGGAAACAGGAUUGAUUCCCGAGGAAUACGUGCAGAUUCUGGGGGAAGACGAGGUGGUAUCGCAUGGUUUGGAUGGAGAGGAGGAUGAGGAAGAGGCCUCAGCUGCAGCUGCAGUGUCAUCAGCCGCGGCCGCUCUCAUGGCCAAGGAGGAUCAGAAUCAUGAAGAAGUUGGAGAGAUGGAGCUCGAAACCGACGCGGGUUCCGUUGUUAGUGAGGACCAAACCGUCACCGGAGAGGACGACAAACCUGAAUUGAGCUAG